CUGCUUUAUUUUCUAUAUAGUCAUGAAGACUUCUGAAGGAUUUGUUCGAGCGGACAGCCGGAAUCUACCUAAGGUAGAUCUUCCAAUGCUGUUGGAGUUUAUGCAUCAGAAUGAUGUGUACAAUGCCUCAGAAAUAAGAGGUGCGAAAGUUCUUAUGUCCUCUCGGGACGGCUACGUGGACACCGCUGUUGGAUAUGUAGAAAUCAAAAGAGAUAAUAAUAUUUGUUCAUUAAAAGCGAGAAUAACGCCGGAGCAUAAAGUGCGAACAAAAAUGUACACUGUCGGAAUAGUAAUCGAUGAAAACACUGAAGCCAUCAAACAAGUGACCUGCGAUGACUGCGCCGCAUCUGCAGGUGGUUGCAAACAUGGAAUCUGCUUUGUGCAUUGGUUGAUGAAAAGAACCGAGGAGCCAUCUGUGACUUCAGUCUCUUGUUAUUGGAAGAAACCAACACUUAGCGAGGUAAUUUCGGCAGGAACUGUAUUGCCUGCUGCAGAUCUAGCUAAAAAAAGAGUGUUUCAUAAAGUUCAAACAAGCAUUACAUUACAAAUUGUAUUAGAGGAGUGUAAGAAGAGGAAGAUGAUAGAUUCAUUAUUAUGUAAUUACUCCAUGCACAAAGAAAGGUGUUUGAGAGAUUACAGCCUUUAUAAUAUGAUGUUGAAUUGCUACCAGGAAAACUCAAACAUGACUUAUGAUACAUUUAAAUUAUAUGGAGAGCAAAUUUUCAAUACUGACAUCAGAAAUGAAAUCGAACGAGAAACCAGAAGUCAAGCUGAUAGCAUCCUGUGGCAUUCUCUAAGACAGGGACGAGUAACAGCAUCCAAUAUUUACGAUGCAACCAGAUGCACCACAGCUAAUGGAGUAUUGGUAAAGUCAAUAAUGGGUGGAUAUAAAGUACCAGAAACGAAAGCCAUUCAAAGAGGCAAACGUUUAGAAAAAAUGGUUAUACAACAACUCAUGACAGAAAUGAAUGUAGUUAUAGAGAACUGUGGUCUUAUGCUGAUUACACCUAUUAUUGGCGCUUCCCCAGAUGGACUUACGGAGGAGUUUGUGAUUGAGAUAAAGUGUCCUUUUAAAGAAAGGACAAUCAAAAAUUAUAUAACAGAAAACAACUUGGUUAAAGACAAAUUCAAAAGCCAAAUAAUGUUACAAAUGCAUGCAACACAACGUAUAAAAGGGCUUUUUUGUGUAGCAGAUCCUAACUAUGAACACAACAAGAAAAUUAUAAAGAUCUGGGUAUCUUUCCCUCAGAACUAA